AUGUUUGCAUUUUUGCGAAUUUUAUUACUUUGUGUGCAUUUGUUGCAUUUUAAAACGAUAUUAGCCGAGGAUGUGCCAUCGAUAAGACCAACGACAACAGCAACAGCAACAUUAUCGGAUCAAAUUCUACAAACAAAGGCAGUUGAAUCCCUAGCCGCGUCCAAUGCUACAUUCGAACGAGAUUUUAAUGCCCCCGAGGAUGCAUCUUUUUCGCCAGGCACAAGCCGGUUGCAGCGACAACUUUUAUUUGAUCCGAGCUUGUUUCUACUGCAGGCCAGCCUAGCUGGUGCUGGAAUCUGGGAGGGCUCCAGAUGUUUCAACUCAAGGGCCCAGCCUGGCAUAUGCGUUCGCAUCGAUAGCUGCCGAUCGUAUUAUCGCGCGGUGCGGCAAUUGUCUAUUUUAGCAGUACGUCAGUGGCAGUCGCCCAUUGGCCCACUCGGCUUUGGCUCUGAUAUAUGCAACUUUUACGAUCAGCUUGGACGCGUUAACAAUGGCAUAUGUUGCCCAAACAUGGAUACAAAGCCAUUAGGCAACAAUCCAAUAUCGACGACGACGACAACAACGACAACGACAACAGAGAAGCCCCUGAUGGGUGGCGAUGAGAUUGACGAGGCUGAUGAAGGGGAGGAGCCAGAACAGCCGCAGGACAAUGAAAAUCCUGCAGAGAUUGACACAGACCCAAUUGAUACUCCCCAAAAUAGCGUUGAGGAUAUGCCCGACUUUCAGGAUAUAAACAACAUCGAAGCCAAUGCCCCCGAGCUGCAACCAGCACCAACGCCAUCGACCACGCCUCCAACGACCGCCGUCUUUCCCUAUCAAUGGCCCUUCGGCAACUUUGCCGGAGGCAUUCCACAGUGGCCGCCACCAUUGCCCACACAUCCGCCCACCGUGGGCGGUUGGCCACCGCCGAUACCGACACAUCCCCCAAGCCAUCAGUACCCAACGCAUCCGACCUCACGACCUAUUGCAACAACGCCAAGUUCUGUGCUAACUACUCGUCGUACUACACCACGUCCAUUGGGCAGACCUCCUACCACCACGCGGCGCCCCAGCUAUCCCACGACAGCGACGACGACAACGCGUCGUCCAACAAGCGGCUUCAGCCCGGAAGGCUUGCCACUGCAGUGCGGCAACAGGAACCCGGUGUCACCCGAUCAGGAACGCAUUGUGGGCGGCAACAAUGCCAGUCCGCAUGAAUUUCCCUGGAUCGCCGUGCUCUUCAAGUCCGGCAAACAGUUCUGUGGUGGCAGCUUAAUAACCAACAAUCACAUUCUUACAGCAGCACAUUGUGUGGCAAGAAUGACCUCAUGGGAUGUGGCCGCAUUGACAGCUCAUCUGGGGGACUAUAACAUACGUACGGACUUUGAGGUGCAGCACGUUUCGCGUCGCAUCAAACGACUCGUGCGGCACAAAGGCUUCGAAUUUAGCACUCUGCACAAUGAUAUUGCCAUUUUGACGUUGAGCGAGCCGGUGCCGUUCUCCACCGAGAUCCAACCGAUUUGUUUGCCCACCUCGCCAACCCAACAGUCCCGCUCCUAUAGCGGGCAGUUGGCUACGGUCGCCGGCUGGGGUAGUCUGCGCGAGAAUGGACCUCAGCCAUCGAUUCUGCAAAAGGUGGAUAUACCUAUCUGGGCGAAUGCGGAGUGCGCUCAUAAAUAUGGACGUGCUGCGCCCGGCGGCAUCAUCGAAUCAAUGAUCUGUGCCGGUCAAGCAGCCAAGGACUCGUGCAGCGGCGAUUCUGGCGGCCCGAUGAUCGUCAAUGAGGGCAGCCGCUACAUACAGGUGGGCAUCGUCUCGUGGGGCAUUGGCUGUGGCAAAGGACAGUAUCCUGGUGUAUACACUCGUGUCACCUCGCUGCUCCCAUGGAUUUACAAGAACAUCAAAUGA